UGCUGAGAUUACAGGCGUGAGCCACCGCGCCCGGCCUGAUAAACACUUUUAAGGCUCCGGGGCUGUCCGUGAGGAUCAAGCGUGGAAGUAAGUCUACAGAAAAGGCUGCCGCAGUUAACCCAUGACAGGUGAUAACAGUCCGGACAUAGGGAGGAUGGAGAGAAGGGCGCCCUGGCAGUAUUUCAAGAGCCAACUAAUGGAGCCGGGACGCGAGAAAUAGAGGAACCAGGAAGCCAUAAGGAGGAGGAGGAGCAGCGGGUGGGUCAAGAUGCCGCAGCCGCAGGAGGAGCUCAUGGGGUCGGGGUUACCCCCAACUCCGUGCAAGCCGACUUGGCGUCCGAGGGCAGAGUCCAGACCACAAGGAUCUGGAGCUCAGGAGAGACUCGUGGGCCACAUCGCGAGAAAGCUGUGGGAAUCCAAAUACUUUGGCGAUUGGCAGCCGCGUAGGCGAGGCGGGCUGGAGACCCGCCCGGAUUUAGGCGCGAGCCACCUCCAGGGGCGGAGCCCAGGCCGCACUGCGCAGGCGCGGCUAACCCGUUUCCAUGGUUGCGAGAACUCUCGCUCCCCAACCGUCCCACAACUGUCCUGUCCCAGACUUUGGCACCGUUGGGGUCCGUCGUCCCCGAGUGUUUCAGCAUCCCCACCCUGGCUGCUGCCCAGGAUCCGUCGGACCCCGGCCUCGAUAUGGGAGACCUGGAACUGCUGCUGCCCGGGGAAGCUGAAGUGCUGGUGCGGGGUCUGCGCAGCUUCCCGCUACGCGAGAUGGGCUCCGAAGGGUGGAACCAGCAGCACGAGAACCUGGAGAAGCUGAACAUGCAAGCCAUCCUCGAUGCCACAAUCAGCCAGGGCGAGCCCAUUCAGGAGCUGCUGGUCACCCAUGGGAAGGUCCCAACGCUGGUGGAGGAGCUGAUCGCAGUGGAGAUGUGGAAGCAGAAGGUGUUCCCCGUGCUCUGCAGGGUGGAGGACUUCAAGCCCCAGAACACCUUUCCCAUCUACAUGGUGGUGCACCAUGAGGCCUCCAUCAUCAACCUCUUGGAGACAGUGUUCUUCCACAAGGAGGCGUGUGAGUCAGCAGAAGACACUGUCUUGGACUUGGUAGACUAUUGCCACCGCAAACUGACUCUGCUGGUGGCCCGGAGUGGCUGUGGUGGCCCCCCUGAAGGGGCGGGGUCCCAGGACAGCAACCCCAUGCAGGAGCUGCAGAAGCAGGCAGAGCUGAUGGAAUUUGAGAUUGCACUGAAGGCCCUCUCAGUACUGCGCUACAUCACAGACUGUGUGGACAGCCUCUCUCUCAGCACCUUGAGCCGUAUGCUUAGCACACACAACCUGCCCUGCCUGCUGGUGGAACUGCUGGAGCAUAGUCCGUGGAACCGGUGGGAAGGAGGCAAGCUGCAGCAGUUCGAGGGCAGCCGUUGGCAUACUGUGGCCCCCUCAGAGCAGCAAAAGCUGAGCAAGUUGGACGGGCAAGUGUGGAUAGCCCUGUACAACCUGCUGCUAAGCCCUGAGGCCCAGGCGCGCUACUGCCUGACAAGUUUUGCCAAGGGACAGCUACUCAAGCUUCGGGCCUUCCUCACAGACACACUACUGGACCAGCUGCCCAACCUGGCCCACUUGCAGAGUUUCCUGGCCCAUCUGGCCCUGACUGAAACCCAGCCCCCUAAGAAGGACCUGGUGUUGGAACAGAUCCCAGAAAUCUGGGAGCGGCUGGAGCGAGAAAACAGAGGCAAGUGGCAGGCAAUUGCCAAGCACCAGCUCCAGCAUGUGUUCAGCCCCUCAGAGCAGGACCUGCGGCUGCAGGCACAAAGGUGGGCUGAGACCUACAGGCUGGACGUGCUAGAGGCAGUGGCUCCAGAGCGGCCCCGCUGUGCUUACUGCAGUGCAGAUGCUUCUAAGCGCUGCUCGCGAUGCCAGAAUGAGUGGUAUUGCUGCAGGGAGUGCCAAGUCAAGCACUGGGAAAAGCAUGGAAAGACUUGUGUCCUGGCAGCCCAGGGUGACAGAGCCAAAUGAGGGUUGCAGUUGCUGAGGGCCGACCACCUAUGCCAAGGGAAUCCACCCAGAAUGCACCCCUGAACCUCAAGAUCACAGUCCAGCCUCUGCCGGAGCCCCAGUCUCCGCAGUGGAGAGCAGAGCGGGCGGUAAAGCUGCUGACCCAUCCCCCUCCUCCCCACCCCAAGGGAAGGCUCGAGACUUCCUGCCCCACCUGGUGGGCAGGCCAAGUGCGUUUCCUCAGCAAACUGGGCCAGGAGGGCGAGGGCCGGAUGUGGGGACCCUCUUCCUCUAGCACAGUAAAGCUGGCCUCCAGAAACACGGGUAUCUCCGCGUGGUGCUUUGCGGUCGCAGUCUUUGUGGCCGUCCGGGGUGGGGUGUGAGGAGGGGACGAAGGAGGGAAGGAAGGGCAAGGCGCGGGCUCUGCGAGAGCGAGCCUGUCCCCGCACCCAGGUUUCCAUUGCACGGCUCUCCUCAGCUCCUUUCCGCCGCCCAGCUUAGAUCCUGGGGGCGGCGCUGAAGUCGGGGCCCGCCCUGUGGCCCCGCCCGGCCCGCUCUUGCUAGCGCCCAAAGCCAGCGAAGCACCGGCCCGACCGGGCCAUGUCGGCGGAGCCUGAGCUCAUUGAGCUGCGGGAGCUGGCACCCGCUGGGCGCGCUGGGCAGGGCCGCACCCGGCUGGAGCGUGCCAACGCGCUGCGCAUCGCGCGGGGCACCACGUGCAACCCCGCACGGCAGCUGGUCCCGGGCCGUGGCCACCGCUUCCAGCCCGCCGGGCCCGCCACGCACACGUGGUGCGACCUCUGUGGCGACUUCAUCUGGGGCGUCGUGCGCAAGGGCCUGCAGUGCGCGCAUUGCAAGUUCACCUGCCACUACCGCUGCCGCGCGCUCGUCUGCCUGGACUGCUGCGGGCCCCGGGACCUGGGCUGGGAACCCGCGGUGGAGCGGGACACGAACGUGGUGAGCGCGGGGCCGAGGGCGUAUGGGAAGGGCGAAGACGGGCAGGCCACAGCGCAGGCAUUCUCGAGGGCUGCCUGGGUGGUGCACGCAAGGAGCGUUCUAAGUGCCGAUUUCCCGGCGGCAGAGAGAGGCUAAUUCUGAGCGACGGCUGGGAGGGGUGCCUGGGUUGCCGGCUCCGCAAGGACUCCACCGGCUUCUAGCAGACCCGGGCUAAGGCGGACGCAGGCUCCGCGCACGCGCACUUCCCGCACCUUCCGGCCCUCGCCUUGUGCGCUUGCGCGGACGCUGGCACCCGCCCCGUUCCCUGUGGUAGGUGGGGUCUCUGAGUGGAGCUGCCGGAGCGAUGAGGUCAUUCCUCGAGGCUAAGUGUGCGUGUCCCCGCCCCGGCGUUCCUCCCCCAAUUACACAAGAGCUAGUUCCCGGCGAUCUACGUUUCAGUCUUAACGGUUGCGGCGCGGCGCUGGCCCAGGCGCACGCGCACACUGACACGCGUACACGCACGCACGCGACCGGGGCGGUGGUUGGCGGCUACGGACGCGCGGGACCAGGGGGACGGGCGGGUGCGGCGAUGGGCGAGGCGGAGACGCCUUCUUUCGAGAUGACCUGGAGCAGCACGACGAGCAGUGGCUACUGCAGCCAAGAGGACUCAGACUCGGAGCUCGAGCAGUACUUCACCGCACGAACCUCGCUAGCGCGCAGGCCGCGCCGGGACCAGGAUGAGCCUGUGGAGUGGGAGACACCUGACCUCUCUCAAGCUGAGAUUGAGCAGAAGAUCAAGGAGUACAAUGCCCAGAUCAAUAGCAACCUCUUCAUGAGCUUGAACAAGGACGGUUCUUACACAGGCUUCAUCAAGGUUCAGCUGAAGCUGGUGCGCCCUGUCUCUGUGCCCUCCAGCAAGAAGCCACCCUCCUUGCAGGAUGCCCGGCGGGGCCCAGGACGGAGCACAAGUGUCAGGCGCCGCACUUCCUUUUACCUGCCCAAGGAUGCUGUCAAGCACCUGCAUGUGCUGUCACGCACAAGGGCACGUGAAGUCAUUGAGGCCCUGCUGCGAAAGUUCUUGGUGGUGGAUGACCCCCGCAAGUUUGCACUCUUUGAGCGGGCUGAGCGUCACGGCCAAGUGUACUUGCGAAAGCUGUUGGAUGAUGAGCAGCCCCUGCGGCUGCGGCUCCUGGCAGGGCCCAGUGACAAGGCCCUGAGCUUCGUCCUGAAGGAAAAUGACUCUGGGGAGGUGAACUGGGACGCCUUCAGCAUGCCUGAACUACAUAACUUCCUGCGUAUCCUGCAGCGGGAGGAGGAGGAGCACCUCCGCCAGAUCCUGCAGAAGUACUCCUAUUGCCGCCAGAAGAUCCAAGAGGCCCUGCACGCCUGCCCCCUUGGGUGACCUCUUGUUCCCCCAGGUGGAAGGCGGAGAGCAGGCAGCACCAAGUGCAUGCCGUGUGAGUGUGACAGGGCCAGUGGGGCCUGUGGAAUGAGUGUGCAUGGAGGCUCUCCUCUGCUGGGGGAAUGAGCCCAGAGAACAGCGAAGGAGCUUGCCCCCUGUGUCCACCUGUGGGUAUAGCCGGGUAUGGCUCUGCACCCCUUGCAUCCCUCUGCCCCUCAUUACUGGGCCUUGGUGGGCCAGGGCUGCCCUGAGAAGCUGCUCCAGGCCUGCAGCAGGAGUGGAGCAGACAGAAGUCUCUUCAAUUUGUGUCUCAGAAGUGAGAAUCUUGGAGAUGCUACAAACAGAACAGGGUCGUGUUUGCAGGGGUGAGGGCCCUCAUCUAUGGGGAAAUGUUUUGGAUCUUGAAUGUGGUCUCAGGAUAUCCUUAUCAGAGCUAAGGGUAGGUGCUCAGAAUAAGGCAGGCAUUGAGGAAGAGUCUUGGUUUCUCUCUAUAGUGCCAACUCCUCACACACCCUGAGGUCAGGGAGUGCUGGCUCACAGUGCACCAAGUGCCUUAAUGCCUCAUAUGAGGAGGAUGUCCCUGGGCCAGGGUCUGUGUAAAUGUAGGCACCGGCCCAGGUUCAUACCUUAUUUGCUAAUCAAAGCCAGGGUCUCUCCCUCAGGUAUUUUUCAUAAAGUGUAUGAAUGUAUGUAAUGUGUGGUGGCCUCAGCUAAAUGCCUCCUGUGGGGAAAGGGGUGGGGGUGACAGUCAUCAUCAGGGCCUGGGGCCUAAGAGAAUUGGCUGAAUAAAGAUUU